UCUUUUUCCGGCAAAAGCCACCGCCGACGACGACGACUGAAGUUUGCUCUGAUUGCCUAAAUUGAUCGAAUCGGUUACCCUAGAAGAGGAAGUUGACUUCUUGAUUGUUUGAUGAUGGGUAUCACUUCUUCUGACGAUUCUGUAACAUUUUCUUCAGCUUGUGCUGCUGUGAGUGUUGGUGAGAAGAGAAAGAGGGAAGAACAUGGUGCAUGUAGCAAUCCUGGAAAUGGUGGUGUUGUACAUAACAAUAGAAGAGGGUCAGAUGCAGGCAGGGGAGAAGAAUCGGCACAACCAAAAUUAUCUGACUGUGGUGCUGGUCCAAAGUUUAACGACUUUGAUAAGCUGCGGGAAGAAGUGAACUUUGCCGUUGGUCAGACCUGGUCACUUUAUGAUGCAAAGGAUGGGAUGCCUAGAUUGUAUGCUCAGAUCAGAAAAGUUUCAGCUCCUUCAUUCGGGCUUAGGAUCACAUAUCUUGAGCCAGAUCCAGAUGAUGAGAAAGAGAUCCAAUGGUUUGAAGAAGACUUGCCUGUUUCUGUUGGUAAGUUCAGGCUUGGACAAAACCAGAACACCAAAGAUCGUUCCAGAUUCUCUCAUGUAAUCCAUUGCAGUGAAGGAAGCACCUCUGGUCAUUUCACUGUUUUCCCAAGAAAAGGCGAGACUUGGGCUCUGUUCAAGGACUGGGACAUUAAAUGGUCUUCAGAGCCAGAUUCUCACCGCAGCUAUGAGUAUGACCUUGUUGUGGUUUUACCAGAUUACGCUGAUGGAGCUGGUGUAUCAGUUGCGUUCUUGCAUAAAGCAAAAGGGUUUUCAAGUGUGUUCUUUCGGAUGGGAACCGGUGAUGCAGACAUAUCUCAGAUUCUGCCUCACAAUUUGUACCGCUUCUCCCAUAGGGUUCCUUCCUUCAAACUGACUGGAACUGAAGGACAAGGUGUGCCAAAAGACGCUUACGAGCUGGACCAAGCUGUAUUACCUGAAACAAUCAAAGAUAUAAUCGUCCCUUCACAUCUAUUAGGGAAGUCAAUACCAGAAGCUCUCUGCUUUCGUAGUGGGGGAAAGGUUUUUCAAACUGGCCAGAUCUGGUCAUAUUACAACAAAUAUUAUUGGGACUUUCCUCUGUACUAUGGUAGGAUUCAGAAGAUCACUUCAACUCAGGCAUUCGAGCAGGCAGCAGUAUUUAAACUACACGUAGCUCGGUUAAAGGCUGCUCCGUUCCCUGAGAAUGUUCCGUCGGAGUUAAAGAGAAUGCCUGUUGGUUGUGGAACUUUCUCGGUGAAGAAAGGUAUAGAGAUACUCAGUCCAAAAGAUGUUUCACAUCAGAUAGUGCCUGAAAUCUCCAUGGAUGGAAAGGAAUAUACCAUUCUUCCCAAGAUUGGCGAUGUUUGGGCCAUAUACACACGGUCUAAUAGCAUUGAUGCUGAGGACUUGGGAAAGAUGGUACGAUUAUGACAUUGUGGAAGUUCUUGAUGACGCCUUGGUCUAUAAGGUCUUAGCGUUGGAGCCGGCAUUGUUUGUUAAUGAAAAUGAAGAUAAAACAAAAUUCUUGCGUAGGCAACAUGAUUGGGACAAGAAGCCAGAAGUGACAUUUAGAAUCCCCAAGUCAAAAAGGCUAAGAUUCUCGCAUCAGAUUCCUGUUUCCCGAGUAACCAAGGAGAUAGACGGAGAAUUGAAAGAACUAUUUGAAGUACUUUACUCUGAUGCAUUACCUUCAAUGGCAAAGGGGAAGUGAGGGAAAGGAUUAGUUUUUGGUAGCUUUGUUGGUGCAUUUUGAUGCAAGUAUGUUUUUAUUUAUCUAUAUGAUGUCAAGAAAUAGAUAAAUAGUUUUUGGUAGCUUUGGUCUGGAAUUGUCUCUCACUAAAUGUCUUACAUGUGCAAGUUUGUUGCAGCAAUGUGUUGUUGUCGACUUUAUCUAUCUGUUUUUUUUUUCUUUUCAGACUUGAGUUGAUCUCUCUCUCUGCUGAUCACAUAUUUCGACCUUGUUGAAUUUUCAAUUUUC